ACCUUAAAAACAACUUAACAAGAAAAUUUAAAGCAGUAUGGAGCCAAAAUAUACAAUUUUUCUUGUUCUACUUCUCUCAACAGCCACUCUCCAAUCUUCUUCUACAAACCCAAAUCGGUCCGGACAAGACCCGUUUAUCUUCUCAUCAUGCCAAACCACCCGAUAUCCAACACUAUGUGUGCGUACUCUCUCUGCUUACGCCACCAUGAUUCGACACAACAACGACCAAGAUCUCGCUCAAACCGCUCUCACCAUUAGCUUAGCUCGAGCCAGAUCCGUCGCUAUAUUCGUCGCCAAGCUAACCAAAGGAACACCUGGUUUCAAACGUAGAGAAUAUUUGGCGAUCAAAGACUGCAUCGAAGUGCUAGGCAAUAGCGUGGACCGGCUAGGCCAGUCAGUUAAAGAACUAGGUCGAGCUGGUCAUGCAGUGGCUAGUGAGGACUUCAUGUGGAAGAUGAGUAACGUUCAAACAUGGGUUAGUGCCGCUUUGACGGACGAAACUACGUGUCUAGACGGAUUUUCGGGUCAAGCCAUGGGAGGCAAAGUGAAGAGGCUGAUUCGUUCUAAAGUGGUUCACGUAGCUCAAGUCACUAGCAACGCUCUUGCUUUGGUUAAUCAUUUUGCUGAGAAACGAAGCGUGCAGAUUCCCUGAGUGAAUUUUUUUUGUGGACUAGUUUAUGUGAAAUUCUGCUUUGGAUGUAAAAUCCUGAAUCUUCCAAAGCUGUGUAAAAUAUUUUCUUUCUUUUGUCGGUCGAAGGAAAACUAAAGAUUGUUACAGACAAUCUUUGCUGCGUUCUGUAUAAUAUUGCACUUAAAGAGAAUUAAAUAUAUAGAUGUAUUUCUGUUUUUGCGUAAAUUUUAGAUAUACUUUAUAUUGGCAUGUUC